UCCUGCUUGACUGCCACCUGCUCUGCACAAUGCUGGGAGGUCUGGGGAAGCUCGCUGCCGAGGGCCUGGCCCACCGCACAGAGAAGGCCACUGAGGAAGCUGUUCACACCGUGGAGGGAAUGGUGAAGGAAGUGGUGGAGCACGCCAAGGAGGCUGGAGGGAAAGUUGUUGCUGACGCCCUAAAGGCGGCCCAGGAGAAAGGGGACAAAGUGGUGAAGGAUGUCACUGAGACGGUGACCCACACAGUCUCAAGUGCUGUCACCAACGCAGCUGAAGGCCUGGGCAAACUGGGGCAGGGGGCACGCCCGGCCGACUCUUCCUGAAUCUCAAUAAAAAACUGUGACAUAUA